AUGACACCAGCUUUUAUUGACACCAUCUUCUCUGCAGUCCCUGCAGAGACAGCUGUGUUUUCUUUGAUCCUUCAUGAGAACCUCUGGGUCAGGUGCUGCCAGCGCUGCACAGCCACAUCCAAGGAGAAGCCCAAGGAGGGUGUGAAGACAGAGAAUGACCACAUCAACCUGAAGUUGGUGGGGCAGGAUGGCUCAAUGGUGCAGUUCAAAAUCAAGAGGCACACUCCACUGAGCAAGCUGAUGAAGGCCUACUAUGAGAGGCAGGGCUUGUCAAUGAGACAGAUUAGAUUCAGGUUUGAUGGGCAACCAAUUAAUGAAACAGACACUCCAGCCCAGCUGGAGAUGGAGGUUGAGGACACCAUCGACGUGUUUCAGAGGCGGAUAGGAGGCAUGGCCUCCAGAGGGACCAUCCCACACCCUGCCAUCCUCCUUGCAUUUGUUGUUGAAUGGUGA